AUGAAGAGACCCUUAACCACUUCUUCUUCUCCUUCUUCCUCUGUCUCUUCCUCUACUUCUUCCUCUUCCGCUUGCAUCAUUCCGACUCAAUCGGAGACGCCAAGGCCUAAACGAGCCAAAAGGGCUAAGAAAUCUUCUCCUCCUUUAUCCUCUUCCGAUGUUAAACCCCAGAAUCCGACCAGUCCUGCCUCUACCCGUCGCAGUUCUAUCUACAGAGGAGUCACUAGACACAGAUGGACUGGGAGAUUCGAGGCUCAUCUAUGGGACAAAAGCUCUUGGAAUUCGAUUCAGAACAAGAAAGGCAAACAAGGGGCAUAUGACAGCGAAGAAGCAGCAGCUCAUACGUACGAUCUAGCUGCUCUCAAGUACUGGGGACCCGACACCAUCUUGAAUUUUCCGCUCGAGACGUACACAAAGGAACUGGAGGAAAUGCAGAGAGUGACAAAGGAGGAAUAUUUGGCUUCUCUCCGCCGCCAGAGCAGUGGUUUCUCCAGAGGCGUCUCUAAAUAUCGCGGCGUCGCUAGGCAUCACCAUAACGGAAGAUGGGAGGCUCGAAUUGGAAGAGUGUUUGGAAACAAGUACUUGUACCUCGGCACCUAUAAUACGCAGGAGGAAGCUGCGGCGGCAUAUGACAUGGCGGCGAUUGAAUACAGAGGAGCGAACGCGGUUACGAAUUUCGACAUUAGUAAUUACAUCGACCGGCUAAAGAAGAAAGGCGUUUUCCCGUUCCCUGUGAACCAAACCAAUCAUCAAGAGGCAAUUCUUGCUGAGGCCAAACAAGAGAUCGAAGCGAAAGAAGAGCCUAGGGAAGAAGUGAAACAGUACGUGGAAGAAGAACAAAAAGAAGAAGAGAAAACAGAGCAGCAAGAAGUAGAGUUUGGUGGAUACAAGGAAGAAGAGGCUGUCGUCACUUGCUGCAUAGAUUCUUCAGCGAUUAUGGAGAUGAAUCGUUCUUCGGACAGCAAUGAGCUGGCUUGGAACUUCUGUAUGAUGGAUUCAGGGUUUGCUCCGUUUCUGACAGAUCAAAAGCUCUCGAACGAGAAUCCAAUCGAGUAUGAGUAUCCGGAGCUUUUCAAUGAGAUAGGGUUUGAGGAUAACAUUGACUUCAUGUUCGACGAAGGCAAGACUACAGACUGCUUGAGCUUGGAUAAUCUCGGUUGUUGCGACGUUGUUGCGGUUGGGAGAGAAAGCCCCACCUCUUCGUCUUCUCCGUUGUCUUGCCUUUCUACUGACUCUGCUUCAUCAACAACAACAACAACAACAACAACAACCUCUGUUUCAUGUAACUAUUCUGUCUGA